UACCCUUUUGGACAACCCUAUAAAUUCUCCGUUUCGCGAUGUAGGUUGCUGGAAGAUAAUUUUUCAAUAAGCACAAUAAAUACAGUUCACCUUUACCAAACCUAAGCCGACAAUAUCUAAAAACAGUGGGUAUUGCCACUGUAUAAUAGGGCACGCCACCACUAAAGUUAUUAGUUAAAUAGGUUAUUUCAGUUUGGGCCUAGUGAACAACAAACGCUUAUCAAGCAAAAAUAUCGGUAUAAUUUGCAAAAUAAUCAAUCAGAAUGGGUGUACCUAAGUUCUUCAGGUACACGAGUGAGAGGUACCCUUGCCUCAAUGAGCUGGUGAAGCAGUAUCAGAUACCAGACUUUGACAACAUGUAUUUGGACAUGAACGGAAUAAUUCACAACUGUUCCCACCCUGAUGACUCAAACCCACAUUUCCGUAUAACAGAGAAGAAGAUCUUCGAAGACAUUUUCCAUUACUUAACCAUACUGUUUCAAAUUAUUAAGCCUAAGAAGUUGUUCUUUAUGGCUAUUGAUGGUGUUGCUCCUAGAGCUAAGAUGAACCAACAGAGAGGCAGAAGGUUUAGAUCAGCAAGAGAGGCAGAGAAGUUAGAAGAAGAAGCUAGAAACAAAGGCGAAACACUGCCAACGGAGAAGCGCUUCGACAGCAACUGCAUCACGCCGGGCACCGUGUUCAUGGCGCGCCUGCACGAACAGCUCCGGUACUUCGUCAAGUCCAAGAUAUCCACCGACCCUCUCUGGGCCAAGGUCAAGGUCAUACUCUCUGGACAUGAGACUCCCGGAGAAGGGGAGCAUAAGAUAAUGGACUACAUCAGAUGGUCGCGGUCGCAGCCGGACUACGACCCCAACACGAGACACUGCCUGUACGGACUGGACGCCGAUCUCAUCAUGUUGGGGAUGUGCACGCACGAACCGCACUUUGCACUGCUCAGGGAAGAGGUGAAAUUCGGUAAAAGUACAAAUCGCACGACGAGCCCCGAAGAGACUAAUUUCUACCUCCUACAUUUAUCGUUAUUAAGAGAAUAUUUAGAACAAGAGUUUAUAUCUAUUAAGGACGGGCUGCCCUUCCAAUACGAUUUGGAGAAAAUUGUCGAUGACUGGGUGCUAAUGGGAUUCCUAGUGGGCAAUGACUUUAUACCCAAUUUGCCCAACAUGCAUAUUAGUAACGACGCCCUGCCCGUCCUGUAUAAUACUUAUAUGAAAGUGUUGCCUACUUUAGAUGGUUAUAUAAAUGAGGCCGGAGAUCUGAAUUUGAGGAGGUUUGAGGUGUUCAUGCAAGAACUUGCAAAAAUUGACAUGGAGAAGUUCCAGGACACUUAUGCAGACCUCAAGUAUUUUGAGGCCAAGACUGGCAGGAGGCCUAAUGCUAAUGAGAGGAGAGAUUACAAGCCAAAUAAUGACGAGACGUUUAAUGUAAACGUUGAUGACAUCAAAGCGAAUAAACCUGACGACGAGCUCCAAGCAUUGAUCAACGCGACGGAGGAUAUGUUUAUGGACGAUAUGGAAAUUGAAAAUGACGAUGAUGAGUAUGAAGAGACUAGUGACGAGGAAGCGAAUAUGGCCAUGGAAUUCAUACUACACAAAAAGGAUUAUUAUAUGAAUAAAUUAGACUAUUCUAAAGUCACAGAUGAAGUGUUAGCCGACCAAGCAGAAGGCUACGUGCGAGCGAUCCAAUGGAAUCUGUACUACUACUACAAGGGGUGUCCGUCUUGGUGUUGGUACUACCCCCACCACUACGCACCCUAUAUCUCAGACAUUAAAGGAUUCGCAGAUCUAAAGAUUGAGUUCGAACUAGGAGAACCUUUCAAACCUUUUGAGCAGCUCCUAGCAGUAUUACCAGCAGCGAGCAAGCAGUUGCUACCAGCUCCGUUCCACGCGCUGAUGACGGACGAGGACUCCCCCAUAGUCCACUACUACCCCAUCAACUUCGAAACCGAUCUUAACGGGAAGAGAAACGACUGGGAGGCUGUCGUACUUAUACCCUUUAUCGAUGAGGUGAAUCUUCUGUCAGCAAUGGAGCCCUGUUAUCAGAGACUGACUGAAGAAGAGAAGAGUCGGAAUACACAUGGACCUAUGUUGGUCUAUAAUUGGACUCAGCAAAACCUGGGUGUAAUGCCAGCGCCUCAGCACUUCGACCCGAUCGCCGAGUGCCACGCUACAGAGACCAAAGUAUGGAGACAAGAGUUAGAAGUCCCCGGCAGUAUGUUGAAGAGAGGAAUGCUACCCAAUGCUAUGAGGGACAUGCUCUUCCCUGGGUUCCCUACCAUGAGGCAUCUGAAGUACCAGACAAGUAUCAAAAAGGGUAAAGUGAAAGUGUUUGAUCAGCCGUCUCGCAAUGAGAACAUGAUAGUGGAGAUAAUAAGAGAAUCGGAGACAGAAGACCCUAUCACGGAGGUGGCGAAGAAAAUGCUUGGCAAGGUCAUAUGGGCCGGCUGGCCGCAUCUCACUAGGGCUAAAGUAAUAUCAGUAUCGAACGAGAAGCUGAGACUGCACCACAUAGACCAGCAGAACAACAACACAGACGGCUCCCCGCACUACUCCACCGAGCCCAACAGCGGGAACCUGCAGCGGCAGUGGAUCAGUGAACGAUCCACUAUUAUAGAGCACAAUAUGAAUCGACUCGGUAUCGAAUUGGGCGAAGUGACUACCGUCAUUCAUGCGGUCAAUUUGAAAGGUUUCAAGUACAUGGUCCAAGACAACGUGAAGAUGGUCCAGGAACCGGAGUGGUGCGCGGUCCCGUGUGGGUACGCGCUGCAGGCCGUGGUCCCUGACGUGUCCGCGCAUAUAAUACACGAGGGGGGGCGCUUCAGUACGCUGCAGGAGGCCUACCCCAACGGGGACUCCGUCUUCCUACUCACGCCAGGACCGCAUUAUGGAGCCCAUGCUACUAUAGUGGAGUCGGAGAGUAUCCGCAACGGUCGUAUAAAGGUGUCGGUAGUGGAGCGUCCCGAGCCGGUCCCGCGCCAGCAGUCGUCCGCCAUGCCCUACCGCACCGCCAACCACGCCGCCGCCGCCUGCGGUGUAUCAGCACAGAUUUUAUCUCGUAUAACUGGUACGAUACUGAUGGUCCCGGGGGUACGACACGACAACCCCACCGAACAAGCCAACAAAAUCAACAUCGGACUCAAUUUGAAGUUUAAUAAAAAGAAUCUCGAGGUAGCAGGCUACACGCGUCGCUGUAAGGUGACAAACUCAUGGCUGUACUCCGAGCGUUGCAUAAAGCUAGUGCAAGAGUACGAGACACUGUUCCCUGAGGUGUUCGACUGUCUCGGCUCGGGGAAACAAAGCAAGGAUGUGUACUUCGAAAGCGAUAUAUUCCCGCAGGAUAUGGGUAAAAAGAAAGCGGAAGAUAUAGCGAAAUGGAUAAAGGACCAGCCACACGUUCGAGCCGCGCGGCGCGAGUGUGGCUCCGAGGCCCUGGAACCUGAGGACAUGAGGGCCCUCGCCGACGACCUGGACAGGCAGCUCGAGACUCUCAAGGGGAUGGAGAAGAAACACACCAUCCAGGUCAAGUGGAACCUACUGUACAAGGCGGAGUUGCACAGCGGCAACUUAUGCCCGGACCGCGCGGCGGACUUCAAGCUGUACGACCGCGUCGUCUGCGUGGCGCCCCACCUCACGGCCCCGCGGGCCGCCACCGGGACUGUAGUCGCGGUCUGUCCUACCGGGCCCUGCAACACCGUGCGACUCUCCGACAAACUCAACACCGACCCCUCCUACCUCGUCAUGUUCGACAAACCCUUCCCCGGCGCCAUGACCGAGGAUCUCUUCGAGGAAGCACGGUUUUAUAGAAUGACGCCGAACAACAUGUUGAACUUGUCGUACGGGCGCAAGCUCCGCAACGCGGCGCCGCCCGCGGUCCCGCAGGAUAGCUUCAUCCCCCAGAGGCCACAGAACCAACCCACGCCCAACGUACUGCGCAGGGAGGACGGACACCAUUCUGCUUUUGCUAACUAUAGUCCGCCUGGAGACAAGGCAGUGUCGCCGGACAGCCGCAACCACAACGCUUCUGUUGCGAGCAACGGAUCACCCAGUGGGAAUAGCGCUACAGAUCUACUGAAAAGUCUUCUGAAAAUCAGCGAGGAUCCUGAAGUUAAGAAAAACAAGGAAACUCCAACGCCGGAACAAAAUCGUAACUGGCGAGCGAAGAAUGACAAUGCCCAGCCUACUGCUGUCUAUACUCAACAGAGCACCCCUCCUGUAUUUUGGAGUUUAUUUUCUGGGGGUCCGCCGCCGCCUCAGAACUGGCGCAAGGAGAACGCGUCGCACGGCAACAAUAACCGACAACAACCUGUCUUCUCUAACUACAAGAAUCAGGCGCCCGCCUUCCCUCCGUUUCCGACGUUCGGGCAACCCUACCCGGGUCCAGUGCCGAACCAGAUCCCGUUCCCGCAGUUCCAAAACCCACACUUCCAACAACGCAACCAACCGUACAACAUGCCAAGGAACCAAGGAACACACAACAGAAGCUUCGAAACUCCACCGAAUAGGAGCUUCGAGUCUCACAACAGGAGUUUGGAACCAACCAACAACAGAGGUUUCGAACCACCACAGAACUUCCCCAAACAUUUGCCCAGCGUUGGCACUGUUGGACCCAAUAUAACGUUGGGACCAAGUUGGCACCAACCUAGUAAUCCAGCUAAUGCACAGAACCCGAGGUCGCCCAACGCCAACAGACCUCCUCCACAAAGCAGCAACGACAAAGUCAGCAAUCCAUUCGUACCAUUACAAGUUCAAACCAGGCGUGUCUCCCACCCCGGUGGCUCAUCAAGUAAGCAGGACUUGGGUCAAUCGUCGUCACAGAAGUCGACAUUACCCAAGCCACAGCCCACUACCGCACCGAUAAACCAACAGAACCAGGGCCAAACUGCGAAACCAUCAAAGAAGAAGAAGAAGCCAAGAAUAGCAGCCAACCUGCCGUUCCAAAUGGAUUAAAUUUAUUUUAGUUUUAAUACAUAUUACAUAGGGUGUUGACUUACCACCGACUGUUCUAGACAUUUCCACUGCACCUGUUAAAAUAUCAAAUUACAAAAAUAGAAAAAGGUAUUGUUAAAAGAAACGGAUUUAACCUAAAAUUCAGUCCAGCCAGUCUGUGUUUCCUGAAGGAAAAUGACCUAGGAUUCUUCAAGGCCUAAGGGAAUAAGUUGUUUACGGGCAUGGCGUGUUCCAUCGUAAGCCGCAUCACCACAUCACCACGAGUAAGAGGUGAAACGCCUAUUACAUAUAAAAAAAUGGACUGCAAUUAGAUAUGUGUUUAAAUACCAUUUGUUUAGGGUGCUAAACAGUUUCAAUCUAAAGCUUAUUAUUUUCGUAAAUGACAUCGUUUAUCUAUAAUAUAAAACUAAGUCCGGUUUUCCUUCCUGACGCUAUAACUCCUGAACGCACGAACCGAUUUCCACGGUUUUGCAUUCGUUGGAAAGGUCCGUGAGGUUUAUAGCAAAGAAAAUUCAGGAAAAAUUCAAGAGAAAAGCAGGAAAACGGAAAAUCAUUGGUGGCGAAACGGAGUUCGCCUGGUUUGCUAGUAUAUGUUAUAAAAAUAUAAGUAAAAUGUCUACUUUAAAGGAUACGAGUCGCUAAGUCAGCACCCUAUCUACGAUUGUGACCUCUGCUCAUAGUGUAGGCAGUGUUCCUAAAUAUUAAUUCUUAUUAUUUAAGUUUAGGUACCAAUGUGUACCUAUUGACAUAUCAAAUGGGAGCUGAAGACCUCCAAGAGAGAUGUGCCCUUGUCUAUUUACUCCUAGUUUCUGAAAGGUUGAUUAAUGAGAAUUUUAAAUAUAUUAAAAUGUUCAUCCUCUAAUAAAAUAUUAAAUUUUAGAGAUAAAACUAAUUUAUGGUGAAAUCUCAUAAGUGUUUGACUGGAUUUCGAUUGACCUAAACGUGUGUUGUAUACGACUAUUCCCACACGAAACAAAUAUUAUGGUGUUUAGGGGAUACCUACGUGUAUGUAAAUAAUGUGAAAUUCGUGUUCAUUAUUAAAAAUAAGGUUCUAAUACGAACUUAUGCAUAAUUUUAGAGUGACUUGGAUCCCUUUCAGGAAUACGGAGAUUUAUUUAAUAAUAAUUUAGUUUUUAUAUUAUAAAUUGUACUUUGUUAAUUGAACAUUGAAGCCUGCACUAAGACUGGGCUCAAUCUAUAAAUAAGUUUGACUUUGAACUGAGCUUACGAUUGAAAAGGAAAGAAAAAAAAAAGGAAAAGCAAAUUUCCGAGGUGAGGAAUUAAAGUUUGGUACAUGCCUGGAUUAUAUAAUGAAAUCUUGUAAAUUUUGUAAAUAUAAUGAAGUUAUAAGAAUCUGUAAUGAAUGAGUGUGAUCAAUUUGUUUUAAUGUAAUAAAAUGAAAGUUGCGAGUAUACGUUCUGGUUGAUUAUGCCUAAAGUAUUAUCUUUACGAGAGUUGUCAUUAUAUGUGAGUGAUAUUUUUGGCGCAAAUUGGGACAAAUAUUGGAAUGUUAAACGUACAGUCGGCCAGGUUAUUUAGUAUGCACCUUAGAAAUUAUACAGACCCAGUACACAGCAAGACCAACCAAAUGGUUUUGAAAGAAAGAAAAAACAUUUAUUUCAUACGCAAAAAACCAAAUGACAAGCAGGUACAGUUUAUGCAAAGAUUUGAUAAUAAUAAUAAUGUUUAGUAUGAAUUUUAUUCGCAUUAUACAAGUCUGCGGUGAAAUGGGACCAGUUCAACAUGUGCAAGACAACGCCUUGCGCUGGUAUUCUACUGGCGCCAACUUCUCUAACCAUUGCUUGGGUCAGUAGCCAACCGAUGGUCUUUCUCUGUACUGAAUCUAUCUGUAUUUUCCAACCUGCAUACACUAAAUAACGUGGCUGACUAACUCGGCAGCAGUUACAUAGUUCCUCGAUCCAUAUUAUAAAGUAAGGCUCGCUCUUGUCUUAGACGUUAACCCUUAAUUGAUUUAUUUAUCUGUUCACUCAAGUACAGAGAGAAUAUUUUUCUACACUCACGUGUUAUCUUCCAAAGCCUUUUAUUUUUCUGGGGAAGGCAGAUUUUGUAAAUUAUUUUCAUACAUAAUCGCUCCUAAGACAUGAUAGAAAACGCUUUGUCGUUAAUUGACAGUUAGACUAAUCGAAAUUUAACCAACUAAGCUAUUCUGUAAUUGUCCAGUCGAAACAUUCAAUGCGAGCUCGAUCGCAUUCUCGUCCGUUAUUGGUAAAGAUUAUUCUUAUAACCAAAGAAAUCGCGGACCGCGAUAAAGCUCACUUCAAAUGUUUCGAAUUGACAAUUACAGAAUAAAUAUCUGGGGUGGUAAAACUGGGAUAUAAUACAAGAACUUGUGCCUGCGCAUUUCGAUAUUACUUAUCCAAUUGUUAUUAGUUAUCUAAGCAUAAAGCAUGCUUAAAAAUCAGUAACAACGUAUUUGUAAUACGUCAUAAUCUCUGUCGUUCUCCAGCGAAGUAACAUAGUGUGAAGAUAAAUAUAAAUUAUUUAAUGUUUUCACAAUUUAAAGCCAUUGUUGGUGAAUGAAAUGACUUGACGAGUUAACGUUGACUGUUAUUAUAGUAAUCUCGAGGUGAAACAACUCUGUACUUAAUUGCUUUCUGAAAAUACAAUGUUUUUUUUUUGUAUAACAAUUUGUUUUUACGCAUUUUGAGUCGGUACUGCCUUGUAUUGGGUGGGUUAUUAAGUCGCGUGCCCUUUGUCUAUGUUAGGCAAACGAAUAGUUUUAAUUUAAUCAUUUUAAUCUUGGUAGUUCGAAAUUCAAAGAUGUUCCGUGAUAAAGACGUUGGUCUUAUGGACUUCUCCAGUCUCCAGUCUCUCAUGAGUCAGACAUGACCAUCUCCUAGUACGUGUUUACUUUACUUUUAAUGUAAGCGAACAGAGAGCGCGUUCGGCGCUCUGAUUGGCCGGCUCGAUUAAACCAAACGCACUCUCAAUUUAAACGUAAAGCAAUCUCAUACUAAGAGUACAGGUCUUGAAAUGAAGGUAUCGAGUACCUUCACUAUAAUAAUAUACUCUGCUUCAUUCACUAUUGAGUUCAAUUUCCAUUGACAAUUUCUUCCUAUCUUUCAUAUUUUUUAUGGGAUAGGGCUACAAACAAGCAGACAGAUCACCUGAUGGUAAGCAGUCGGCGAUAUGAAUACCCGCGCGUUAUUAGCCAUCAUCUAGGUUGUGUUGCGAGUAUCUUUUACUACAGACCCGUAACACCAAAGGAGUUACAAGUGCGUUGCCAGCCCUUUGUGUUAAUUAUAUUACUUGAAAGAAACCAAUGGUGCUGCCACGGUAGUUACUGAAGCCCUGCCUUCCUCAAUUGAACAAGAUCUUAGUUCAACUUCCGCGUGUACACUUAAAUAGUACAAAGUACUUAGAGUUAUGAAUAAAUCUAUUUUUCUCGUGUAUAAAACAUUUCCCUGUGACCCGUACUUUUUAAAUUGUAGUGGCAAAAUAGGCUCAUAAUAAUUGUUAUGCAUAAAUACUCCAUAAAAGUACCUAGCGCAUAAAAUAAAGAAAUAUAAACUAUGUUUCCAGUCUAUUCAAACAAUUUUGAGCUCUAUUCCAACUUGUAUUGGUUUCAAAUUCUCAUAGUUGUUUAUGUUGGUUAGAGUUCAGUUUUGUUUGAAUUUGCUAUGAUAAAAUUUAUUGUUAUAGUAUUGAAUGUUAUUUUUUUAAUUUGUCUCUAAAUAAUAACUGAUUUUGAUUGACUUAAGAUACAUUUUGUAUGACAUUCUAUGUGGUUUGUAAUAAGUUGAUGUAAAUUUUCUUUUAGCGAAUAUAAACUCUACGUUAGUGUAUAUAAUGUUGAUUUCACAAUAAUUUCAAGUUUCAAUUUAAAUUCAACUAUAGUAUUACCUACAUCAUGUUUCGUCGACUACACUUAAUUUUGGUUGGACAAAAUCAUUAUUCGUCGUCAUACAAAAUGUAUUAAAAAGAAAAGCUCAUAGAAAUCUUAAAUUUCUCUUCUAAACAAAGAUUUAAAAGUAUUCUACCGUUAAAAUGAGCAUAAUAAACGUUUAAUUUAAAAUCUAACGUACCUCCUACAACUUAAGGUCCUUUUUUGAAAUACAUGGCUAAAGGCCUUAUAUGGGAGUCCCUAUUUUUUUGUUAAAUAUCCGUUACUGAAUAUUGUAUACAAAUCUAGACGAUAUAGCGUAUAAAAUGGACCUAGUACAACAAUUUACUACUUUAUUGCCAAAAAAAUAAGAUCGAAAAUUGAUUGGCAUUAUUUCUGUUAUACUUUAUUCAGUAAUGGAUUACUUGGAAUGACAUUACUUACUAGUUACUUAUUCGAAACUUCUGUUAUUAAUUCUAAAAUUGUGUUCAUUUGACAUACAUUUUUAUUCAGUUUGACCUUAUUUUUAUAUAUAAAAUCAAUAUUAUGACCCAUUAAAGUGAAAAUUGCAAAUCCGAA